AUGGGAUCAAUCAACGCUGCUGAGAAUCCCUCAAAAUUUAUUCUGACAGCAGAGGCUCUGAACAAUGCUCUUCCUGAUAUGCACAUGGCCACGAGAGCCAUUCAUGCUGAUGAUUUCGUCAGUCCUCACCGUGCCAUUGCCCCCGGCAUGCAUACCGCGGUAAACUUCCGCUACGCACGCGAUCCAGAUGAGUUGGUACCAGAGGAGAAUAAGGAUCCAGAUGCGCCUUUUGAUUCCCACAUAUAUUCCCGCUACACAGCACCCAAUUCCAAUCGCCUGGAGAUCCUGCUGCGCAGCCUCAUGGGCGGCGAGGUGAUCACGUACUCAACUGGACUCUCAGCCUUUCACGCGAUGCUUAUCCUCCUCAACCCCAAGCGGAUCUUCAUCGGAGACGGUUACCACGGUUGCCAUAGUGUUGUGGACAUUAUCAACAGACUGACAGGCAUCCAAAAACUGGACCUGACGCAGAUCGACCAAGCCGGCCCGGGGGAUAUCAUCCACGUGGAAACACCACUCAACCCUACCGGGGAGGCCCGCAACCUUGCCUACUAUCGUGCCAAAGCAAGCGAGAAAGGGGCCUACCUGACCGUGGACUCGACCUUUGCGCCACCCCCGCUGCAGAACCCCUUGGACUUUGGAGCCGACAUUGUGAUGCAUAGUGGAACGAAGUAUGUGGGCGGCCAUUCCGAUAUGCUUUGCGGGAUCUUAGUGAUCCAUCCCGAUCGUGUUAAGGAGGGAUGGUUGAAAACGCUGCGUACGGAUCGCCAAUACAUCGGGAGUGUCAUGGGGAGCUUCGAGGGCUGGUUGGGGAUCCGGUCCGCUCGCACCAUGCAGCUCCGCGUGACGAGACAGGCACAGACGGCGGAAAAGCUUGCUGCGUGGCUACGGGAGCAGCUGAAAGACCCGGCGUCUGCUGUUGCAAAGGUUCUGAGCCAUGUCUCACACGCCUCGCUUCAGGAGGAUGACUUGAAAGACGGCUGGCUGAAGAAGCAGAUGCCUGGAGGCUUUGGUCCCGUUUUCGCUGUUUGGACGAAGAACCCCGAGCAUGCGCGCCAGCUACCCAGCAAGAUGUUUAUCUUUCAACACGCAACCAGUCUUGGAGGGGUGGAGAGUUUGAUGGAGUGGCGCGCUAUGAGUGAUGCUCGCUGCGACCACAGGUUAUUGCGGAUCAGUUGCGGUAUUGAAGAGUUUGAUGAUUUAAAGGCUGAUAUCCUGCACGGAUUGGAGUCGCUAUUACAGGAUUUUCCCUGA